UACUCAGCCUACAUUCAGAGAGGAUGGGGAGCAGGCUACCCCACAACUUGUGUUGACGACUGCUUCAGGCCAACCUACAGGGAUUGAUACCACAGAGAGAGUGGUUUCCGAUACUGCAUUGGAGGAUAGGAGGGAUAGGCCUUAUUAGUGGAGAGACACAUGGGAUAUGGCAUUAGAUCUCCCAUAAGGAGAGCUACCGCUUAUGAUAGGGUCUGCCACCAUAGAGUUGAUGCAGGAGCACGAGGGGCCUCAGCCUGAGCAACCGGGAGAUGCGACGCCGAUAUAUGAUGAGCUAGGGCAUGAUGGGCAGAGGGUCCAGUCUCAGUCAGAGCCGACAGUGGAGGAUGGUGAAAGAGGUGUGAUGGUACCCUCAUCAUUGGACGGAUUACCAUUACUGAGCGAGAGUCGAUUGGCCGAGCAGCCAACUGAGCCUGAGGGUUCGUUGACUGCUCAGCUAUAUAACAUGGAGUCUCUUAGGAUGCAGGUAGGACAGAAGGUAUCCCAACCAUCGACCAUGGAUAUAGAGACAGAGCAGGUUGAGGCCGAGGUCUUGGGGCUAGACAGGGGGGAUCCCACGGAGGGUGUACAAAACCAGCGAGAGGGAUCGUCACCUCAGGAUUUUGGGGAUACACCUCGACGAAACGAUGAUAAGAGUGAGGCCAACAUGAGGGGUCACGUUGAGGUAGGCCCGGAACGCACUCAUGACGCAUCCAUGACUCAUGAGGAGGAGAGCUUACCAGAGUCUCGAGAGCCGAUAGAUCAUGAGUCUGUCAGAAGGAAUGCGUGGCUAGCCGAGGAGAUGGGACGGAUACCAUCGUUACAUUUUUCGGGCUGGUUGGCAUUUGAGCGACUGGGCCAGGCCGCGAGACCUCAUUUACCGGAGGAUCGGACCACUGGUGGGCUCAAGGUAUUAUAUGACGACCUAACCAUGCAGAGGACCUAUAUUGGUAGUGGGUACUAACGGCCUCGCAGCAGCUCGAGAGGCGACGGAGCAGGUUUGUCCCACUCAGUGCAGUUGUCUUGCCUAAAAACCCACGCCCGAAGAUGACGGUUACUUGACAACCCGAUUAAGACGACACCCAAUGAAAAUCGGAAGGCGUC